AUGUCCCUUGAGAUAAAGGAUCAGCGCAAGAGAGAGGCACAAACAAAAAUACAUUCUGCAAUACACUCUUCCAAGAAAAAGAUGAUUCUCGUUUUUGAUUUCGCACUCACAUGCUCAAGACCGGCAGGGAGUUAUGGUGCCGUUCGAGAAAGAAGAGAAGGAGACACAAUAGCUUGGAUGCUUUCUAUUUCAGGUUUAAACUGGUUUUCAGAAGUGAAAUAUUGCAUCGAGAAAUCAGGUUGUUUGCGGGAAUGUAGGAUUUCUAUUAUACUCAAAAUAGGUGAUAACGUUUAG